CAAACGUGCGAGAGAUCAGAUUCGCACGAACAAGGCUCGCAACACACACGCUCGCCCUUGCGACGUUAAUUGCGUUUGAAAGGACAGGUACGAUUCCCUGCCAGCGUCUUGGCAAGUUUCUGCCCGCACGAUUAUUCCGCUACUGCUUUCUACGGUCAAAAAGAAACAGCGCUAGCAGCGGCGGCGGUGUUGGACACAGCCCGGAAAUGGUUGCACCGCCUAGUCAGGAACGAACGCCACUUCGGGCCGCCGAAAAUAGCACCGGCAGCAGUGGUGGACAGGCACAGCGAUCGAACCCGCCGCGCGACGGUCCUCGAUGGGGCGGCGACGGUGAGAACGUGAGACCAACGGGGUGGACGGACAACCCUGCUGCGGCAGGAGCAGCAGCAGCACAAGCGAGGGCGGGUGGCAGCGUUCUCGGAGUCCUCUCCGCAAGAAGUACCACCCAGCAGGGUGGCGGCGGCCCGGAAGUGGACAGCUACUCUCUGCUGCGUCCCGCUGGCGGUACCCCUCUCUCCGACAGACGACAGGAGGCUGCACCUGGCGUGGGCCAGACUCGGGGCCUGGAGCAUCAGCAGCGGUACGCUGGCGGGGAAGCCCGAGGCGGAGCUGCCGAGUCGAAACGGGCAGCAUCGUCGGAAGAUAGAGACGUGGAACUGGAGAUGUGGAAGCUAGGGCUCCAGAUCGGCUCGAAACUUGACGUGAAGGACACCGUGGACAAGUGGUGCGAGGCCACUGUCACCGCGGUGGACAGAGAGGCCGCCAGGGUUUACGUCUCCUACACCUACUGGGCACCAAAGUGGGACGAGUGGAUCAGCAUAGACUCCCCCGUACUCGCUCCUGCGGGAACGAUGACAUACCAGCCGGGAGGUCCGCUUCGUGUUGGCCAUCGGGUGGAGGUCCUGGACGAAGCUAACCAAUGGCUGGAAGCCGACGUGGUGGAAGCAGCCGAAGAUGGCCGCGCCCGCGUGCACUUCAAGGGCUACUCGAAGAACUUUGACGUCUGGGUGUCGCCGCACGGGGGUCGGGUCCGCCAGUACGGGCCGCAUCGAGUCGCGCCGAAGGGGGGCAACAGGUCCUCUGCCAGGCAGGCUUCGCUCGCCCCCGGACAGCAGCACGUGCGGCAGAUCGCCCAGCUCAGCAGCCGGUACGAGCACUACCGGCGUGCUUUGGGCAGCCGCGGCCUGCGCGUGGUGCCGGUAGAGGGCGACGGCAAUUGCCUGUUCCGCAGCGUGAGCCACCAGGUGUACGGUGAUGACAGCCACCACAGGCUGGUGCGGGCGCGCUGCAUGGAUUACAUGGAGAGUGAGGCUCACUUUUUCGAGCCUUACGUAGAGGGAGAUAUGGCUGCGUUCCUGCGGUAUCUGGAAGUGAAGAGGCAGAACGCGGUUUGGGGCGACGAUCCGGAGGUACAAGCUCUGUGCGAGAUCUACGAUAGGCCGGCGGAGAUAUGGGCGUACGAUCCUCAGCUCGGUGCUAAGACGCUACGCACGUUCCACGAAGCCGCCGGGAGCGCGGGCGGACGGCACGGAUCGCCCCGACCCCCGAUGCGCCUGAGCUACUACGGCGGCGGGCACUACGACUCCGUGGCCCCCCUGGACAGCCAAUCCCCGCUCAUCGGCGACGCGGCGGGGCCAGCGGGCGCUAGCGCCUCGACCGGAAGCGGGGGGGCGGGGGAGACGGAGACGGCUGCAGGCGCCGCUGGUACCGUUUCGCCCGCCCCAGCGCCGGGGCAGCUGGAGGAGGCGGCGCUUGAGCGAUCGAAGAUACGAGCGGCCGAGGUCGGCAGCGGCAGGUGGGAUCUGGAGGAGAUGAAGAUGCGGAAGGACGACGAGAACUCCCCGGCGGGCCGAGCUGCCAUGGACCGCGCUUUGGCAUGGAGCAGAAACGUGUUUGAAGCACAGUUUGACGACUUGGACAGCGCUCUUGUCGCCAGCGUCGAUCACAUGGAGCAAUCCAACCUUAGUUCGCUCGAGGCCGCAUCGCGAGACAGCGAGCUCGUCGUGCUGCAGGAGGAGAUGCUGCGCACGGCGCAGGCCCAGAGCGAGGAGGAGCAGCUGCGGAACGCCCUCGAAGCGUCGCGCAACAGCGCCGCGGCGGCUGCGACCGAGGAAGACCUGGUCCGCCAGGCUUUGGCCGAGUCCAUGGGCACUGGCGCUGCUGGAGCAGCUGGGGGCGGCGGCGGCGCAUCUGCUUCUGGCGUUGCCGUGGACGGCGGUAACGCGAGAGGGGACGUGGGGAGCCCCGCUGCCGCCGCCGCCUCCGCCGCUGCCGCAAGCCACCCUGCUGCUGCCGGUGACUUUACGACGGCGAAGGUCGCGGAGCAACAGCAGCCAAAACAGCAGCAGCAGCAGCAGCAGCAGCAGCAGCAGCAGCAGCAGCAGGGCCGAGUGGCAGCUGCAGGGGUCGCGGACGUGGGGCAGGAGGACGAGGAGCUGAAGAAAGCCCUUCUAAUGUCGGGGAUAGCGGCGGGAGGCGUGUGGGAAACGUUGCCGGCGGAAGCCGGGGCGGCAGCGAAGGGGUUCGUCGUUGACGACUUGGAAGAAGACGACGCCCAGCUUAGACUUGCGAUUGAGGCCUCGCUAGCUGGAGAGUGACUAUGGGGUCGCGACCUAUUUAGUAACAUGUUCGGUCGACCGUCGGGUGUGCUGUUAGUGUGUUCAUGUCACUGCGGGAAGAGAGCAGCGGCUUCGAUGUGCUUUGUGCACGUGG